GACUAAUUAACUCAACAAGCAUGCGCAGGCACUCGGACUAACAGGUGUUAAGAAGAAAGUUUUCUUCAGGUUCGGCGACAGCUAGGCCUCUAAUGAGCGGACAAAUAGGUAAGUUGAAAGAAGGGAACAGAUAUCAGAUACAAAAUCACAUAAUAAUCACCUAUUGGCCUACAUGAGAAUAGGUUCUUGGCCACCGUUGUUUGUAGCCUAUUUGAGUAGCGCAGCUUCUAUCUAACAAUUCUUAACCGCAACUCGAUGCAAACGUCCCAAGUUGGAAAGUUCACGUUGUCUCAAAUUGAGCAAUGAAUCCGGAGCACACAGAAGGACACGUAGAUGCUAAAACUAAAAGAAAAAGAAUCUCAUCGGAGUCGCGGGAAGACGGGAGGUCGAAUGAAAGGAAGAAGAACAGAAAAAUGGAUCGGAACAAAAAGGAGGCGGACCCUGUUGCAGUAGAGCGCCAAGCUCAUGUGGAUAACAAGGACAACAACAACCUAUCAUCCAAUCAAGAGGGGAAGCAGGAAGUGGAUUGGUGCAGGUCCCAGCUGACCCUGAAGACACUGAAAGCUGACAAAGUCAAGCACCACAGGUCAAAGACCAGCAGGAAAGAGCAACAGGGAAAGGAAGACCAGGAGGAACAACAAAGACUUUUCAGUGAACAACCAGCCAACAGUUUAAACAGUAAAUCAAAAAGGAAGAGCAAAGACUUCAAGGAGAAGAAUAAGAAAGAGAGAAGAAGAUCUGGGAAUGCCAGGAAUCAAAAGGAGAAGGACCAAAGUCCCAAAAACAAAUCAACAAAUGAAAAGAAGGGUAAAAAGGAGAAUUCAGAAAAAGAGAAAUUAAAGAAGAAAGUGAAGCUGGAAGAGAGGGAGGAUAAAAGGCUCAAAGACAAGGAUAUCAAGGAGGACAGCACAUGGAAAUGGUGGGAGGAGGGUCACACGAGUGAUGGGAGGAAGUGGUCUAGCCUGGAGCACCGCGGGCCGCUUAUCCCCCCACCCUAUGAACCAAUACCCAGCAACGUAAACUUCUACUACAACGGUGAGCUGGUGAAACUGAGCCUGACUGCAGAGGAGGUGGCAACGUUCUAUGCUAAGAUGCUGGACCACGAGUACACCACUAAGCCUGUGUUCCAAGAGAACUUCUUCACUGACUGGAGAGAGGAAAUGACCUCAGACGAGAGGGCUCUGAUCAGGAAGCUGUCUAAGUGUGACUUCACAGAGAUCAACAAGUACUUCUUGCUCAAGGCUGAGGAGAGGAAAGCCUUGACUAAGGAGCAGAAAAAGGUUCUGAAGGAGGAGGCCAGCCAGCUGACAGAGGAGUAUGGGUUCUGUGUUCUGGACGGCCACAGGGAGAAGAUUGGGAACUUCCGUGUGGAACCGCCAGGCCUGUUCCGUGGCCGUGGAGAGCACCCGAAAAUGGGAAAACUGAAGAAGAGAAUCCAGCCUGAGGACAUCACCAUCAACUGCAGCAGAGACUUCAAGGUGCCAGCAGCUCCUGAGGGACACAGGUGGAAGAAGGUGCAGCAUGACGACACGGUCACGUGGCUGGCCUCCUGGGUGGAGAACGUCCAGGGAAACAUCAAAUACGUCAUGCUCAACCCUAGCUCCAAACUGAAGGGAGAGAAGGACUGGCAGAAGUAUGAGGUGGCUCGCAGGUUGAAGGAGAAGGUCGAGACCAUCAGGAGGCGCUACAGAGAAGACUGGAAGGACAGAGAGAUGAAGAACAGGCAGAGAGGAGUGGCUCUGUACUUCAUUGACAAGCUUGCUCUACGUGCAGGGAACGAGAAGGAGGAGAGCGAGACGGCCGACACGGUUGGCUGCUGCUCUCUGAGGGUGGAGCACAUCAGGCUCGUCCCACUGCUGGACGGCCUGGAGAAUGUGGUGGAGUUUGACUUCCUGGGGAAGGACUCCAUUCGCUACUACAACAAGGUUCCAGUGGAGGCCAGGGUCUUCAAGAACCUUAAACUCUUCAUGGAAAAUAAAGACCCUGACGGGGUAUCUGAACAAGCACCUGAACCAGGCCAUGCCCGGCCUGACGGCCAAGGUGUUCAGAACUUACAACGCUUCCACCACUCUGCAGGAGCAGCUCAGCCAGAUCACCUCUGGUACACGCACACACAAAACACACCUUCAGAAAUACAUUUAAGAGCAGUUUGUGUUUACGUAUGUGUGUGUUCAGCUGACAUGAGCUUGGAGGAGAAGGUGCUGUCGUAUAACCGUGCUAACAGAGCUGUAGCCAUCCUCUGCAACCACCAGAGGGCAGCACCUAAAACCUUUGAGAAGUCGAUGCAACUGCUGAAGGACAAGAUGUCCCAGAAAGAGCAGCAGUUGGAGACAGCCAGAAAGGAGCUGAAGACGGCUCAGAAGGAGCAUAAGAGAGAGCAGAGUGACAGAACCAGAAGGUUAGUGGAGAAGAAGGAGGCAGCUGUCAAACGACUGGAGGAGCAGCUGAAGAAGCUCUGCCUCCAGAUGACUGACAGGGAGGAGAAUAAGGUCAUUGCCUUGGGAACCUCGAAACUCAACUACCUCGAUCCCCGCAUCUCUGUGGCCUGGAAGUUCAAUGUCCCGAUAGAGAAGAUCUACAACAAGACCCACAGAGACAAGUUUGCCUGGGCGAUAGACAUGACGGACGACACCUUUACAUUUUGAUUUGUUGACCUUUACGCUGUCAGAGACUUCUUAGUUUACCUUGAGUUUAGACGUGGUAUAUCUAAACGUGUAUCUGGGUCUAUUGAAUAAAACUGGUUGGUGUGUGGAACAGAAAA